CCAUCAGAAAAAAAAAAUAAAAAAAGAAAAAGAAAAAUUAUAUACCCCCUCUCCUCUGUCCUCACCUCACCUCCGCCGACCGGGAUCCCUUAUUCCCGGCCACCCGCCACUCCGCCGCCGUGAAAAAAACAAAAUCCGCCUAAACCCCAUCUGAUUUCCCAAUCGGAUUUGAAAUAAAGAAAUGGGAUCGGAGCUAAUUUUCAGAGGGCACGACGAGACCCAUCCCACGGCGGACGCUUAUUCCCCCAAACCCCCAAAGCCAUGGCUGUCCGUCACCCGUCCGAUCCGCUACAUGCUCCGGGAGCAGCGCCUCCUCUUCGUCCUCCUCGGCAUUGCCAUCGCCACCGUCGCCUUCACCCUAUUCCCCUCUUCCAAUUCCGCAUCCCAAGCCAGCUACAACUACGACCCGAUCCCGACAGAGCUAGCUCGGUGGUCAAACACGCCGUCGUACGAGCACCGCCCCCGGUUCCACGUCCACCGCAUCAUGAACUCCGGAGGCAAAAUACCACUCGGGCUAAAGCGAAAAGGACUACGGAUCGUCGUCACCGGCGGAGCUGGGUUUGUCGGGUCGCACCUCGUGGACCGUCUGAUUGACAGAGGCGACAGCGUCAUCGUGGUCGACAAUUUCUUCACCGGACGGAAGGAGAACGUGAUGCACCAUUUUGGGAAUCCGCGAUUCGAGCUGAUCCGACACGAUGUGGUCGAGCCGCUACUUCUUGAAGUGGAUCAGAUCUACCAUCUCGCCUGCCCUGCUUCCCCUGUUCAUUACAAAUUCAACCCUGUCAAGACCAUCAAGACCAAUGUGGUCGGAACUUUGAACAUGUUGGGUUUGGCGAAGAGGGUGGGAGCUAGAUUUCUGCUGACCAGUACCAGCGAAGUUUAUGGAGAUCCUCUGCAACACCCACAAGUUGAAACUUACUGGGGCAACGUCAAUCCCAUCGGUGUCCGAAGCUGUUACGACGAGGGAAAACGGACGGCCGAGACGUUGACCAUGGACUAUCACCGAGGAGCUCAAGUUGAGGUUAGGAUUGCUAGAAUUUUCAACACUUAUGGCCCAAGAAUGUGCAUUGAUGAUGGGCGUGUUGUUAGUAAUUUUGUUGCCCAGGCUUUGAGGAAGGAGCCUCUCACUGUCUAUGGUGAUGGGAAGCAAACAAGGAGUUUCCAAUAUGUUUCUGAUCUUGUGGAGGGAUUGAUGAGGCUUAUGGAGGGAGAGCAUAUUGGACCCUUUAAUCUUGGAAACCCCGGUGAAUUCACCAUGCUUGAACUUGCCAAGGUCGUGCAGGAAACGAUCGACCCGGAUGCGAAGAUAGAGUACAGGCCGAACACAGAGGACGACCCCCACAAGAGGAAGCCAGACAUCACCAAGGCCAAGGAUCUUCUUGGUUGGGAACCCAAAGUUUCUCUCCAGAAGGGUCUCCCACUCAUGGUCUCCGAUUUUCGACAACGUAUCUUUGGCGACCACAAGGACAGCAGUGGAAGCGCCAAGACAGCAGCGUAGUCGUCGUCCCAGGUUGUUCUUGCAUCGGUUAAAGUAUAAUGGUUAAAACGAAUAGCUCGAGGGGGAGGUCGAGAAGCAAAAGGAGUGGAAGUGAAAGCUUAUAGGUUAGAAUUUGGGUGAUAUGAUGCUUGUUUUUUGGAUUUUGAAACAGUUGUGUUGUAAGUUUGAUUAGAGAAAGUGGGGUUGGCUUAAUUUGUGGUUGAGGGAAUCACAAUCAAUCCAUCCCUUUCACAUCAAUUACAGAUUUCUUAACAACAAAAAUAAAAUAAGGAUCAAAAUCAUUGAGCUGAAA